AUGUCAGAUACUAAGGCCACAAUUCUUUGUAUACAAGAAACCAAAAGAGCUAAUUGGUGUGAUAAGUCUAUAGGCUCAUUAGGGAUGCCGGGAGAGGCAAAAUGGAUAGAUUCCCCUUCUCUAGGGCUCUCAGGAGGCCUCUUAAUGGUAUGGGAUAACUCCUAUAUCAAGGCUAAAAAUUCAGGUUGUAAUCAACAUUGGCAGUGGAUCAUAGGCUCUACGGCAGGAUGCCCUCAAGACUUCCUAUGUGUGAAUAUUUAUGCCCCGCAAAAAAGUUCACCCAAGCAGGAGCUGUGGUCGGAAUUAUCCUCCUUUCUUUCUAGCAAAUCCAACCUGCCAACAGUUUUAAUUGGAGACUUUAAUGUGGUACUUUCAGACCUCGAAAGGGAAUUUUGUGUGUACAAUCACAGGGAUACGGACGCUCUCCUGUCAUUCAUGCAAGAUAAUGAAUUGUUAGACAUCCCACUCUGCAACGGCAGAUUUACAUGGUUUGGACCUGAUCACAGGAAGAGUCGCCUUGACCGUGCCUUGAUCAAUGCAAACUGGAACAAUUCUGGCAGUUGGUCACUACAGAGCUUUAACAGAAACUCCUCUGAUCAUAGGCCUAUUUUAUUCAGAGAGGUUAGAAAAUAUGCUAAAGCUUGGAACCUGACUUCCAAUGGCAAUCUAGAUGUUAAGAUCAAAAAUCUAGAAAAAGAGCAAGGCAAUGCAGAUAACUCCAAUGCAGCCCUGCCAAUAAAGAAAAAGAUUGCCAUGGAACUAAAUCAAGCGUAUGAGCAAAAGGCAAGCAUGAUGUGUCAAAUUUCAAGAUUAAAUUGGCAGCUACAUGGUGAGCGAAACACAGGAUUCUUUCACAGAGCAAUUGCAGGUAGAAACAGAACCAGGCUCAUCCAUGGAUUACAGAUUGGAUCAAAUUGGAUCUCAGAACCAUCUACCAUCAAGAGAGCUUUUCUAGAUCAUUUUAGGAAUUUCUUCUGCAAGCCUCCAAUUGCACGCAUUUUCUCCCUGAGCCCAGGAUUCCUGCCAACCUUAACGUCUGAAGAAAGCAAGCAGUUAGUUGAUGUGUUUACAGAAAAUGAAAUCUGGGAUGCUCUGCAAGAAACGGACUCUAAUAAGGCGCCGGGGCCUGAUGGCAUCAAUUCUGGGGUAUUAAAAUCAAUGUGGCACACAAUCAAGGGUGACAUUUUCAAAGCUUUUCAGUCCUUCCAUUCUUCUGCGUUGAUUCCACCAGGUUCCAAUUCCUCCUUCAUCGCUCUCAUCCCAAAAUCUAACUCAGCCUCUAUUCCCUCAGAAUUCCGUCCAAUCUCAUUGAUGAAUACCAGUAUGAAGCUCAUCUCAAAAGUCUUGGCACGAAGACUUAGUGUUUUCAUGAACAAACUCAUUUCCCCUACUCAAACCGCUUUUGUUAAAGGUAGGCAGAUUUCGGAUGGUAUACUUAUUACCUCUGAAAUCUACCAUUCCUUGAAAACAGGAAAAAGUAAGGGACUCAUUCUUAAGAUCGACUUUGCAAAAGCUUUCGACAGCAUUAACUGGGAAUUUUUGUAUCAUGUUCUGGUGGUCAUGCAAUUUGAUGUCAAGUGGAUCAAAUGGAUCCGAAAUUUGUUUGAUUCCUCAAGGGUGUCAGUAUUGGUGAAUGGCAGCCCAACGGAGGAAUUUCACCCAACACGAGGACUCCGUCAAGGUGAUCCUCUGUCUCCGCUUCUGUUCAACAUCAUUGGUGAAGCCCUCUCGUGUCUGAUCAAAGCUGCACAUUGUAAGGGGCUGUUCAGUGGUGUGAGUAUAGCUGGCUUAACGGAGGAAGUGACCCACCUCCAAUUUGCAGACGACGUCAUUUUAUUCCUCAAAAAUGACACACGUUCGGUUAAAGGUAUGAAGGCAACCUUACAAGUGUUCGAACUCAUCUCAGGCCUAAAAAUCAAUUAUGGGAAAAGUAAGCUAUAUGGAUUCAAAGAAAACCCGGACCAACUACAUCUCUGGUCAGAUUGGUUAGGGUGUUCCAUCGGUUCCGAUCAUUUCUCGUAUCUAGGAGCCCCUAUAGGUCAAUCCCCCAAAAAAUCCAUUUUCUGGAGACCACUGGAACUUAGGAUUGCUUCAAAAUUGCAGAAGUGGAAUGCUUCUAAUAUUUCAAUGGCGGGACGGUUAGUACUAUUACAAUCGGUUCUGGACAGUACCCCUGCGUACUGGUUCAGCCUGUUCAAAAUGCCGCAAAAAUCCAUCCAAUGCAUAGACAAAAAGAGAAGACACUUUCUGUGGGGGGGAAAAACCAAUGGUCCAAGGAAAUUGCAUCUCAUAAACUGGGAUCGUCUCUGCCAUCCUAAAUCAGUUGGAGGUUUGGGAGUUGCCUCUCUCGAAGCAAGAAAUGUCUCACUGUUGGCCAAAUGGUGGUGGCGAUGCUACUCGCAAAGAAGCCAUUGGUGGAACAACAUCCUGUUGAGCAAAUAUGGCGAGUUUAUCCGGUUUAACCUUGGGCAACUAGUGGAGGGAUCGACACUCUCCCCAAUUAUCAAAGGCAUUGCGGAGUUAGGACAAAACAGAAGAGUGGAAUCAAUGCUAAAUCAUCAAAACUUCAAAUGGACCCUAGGAAAUGGCAAUUCGAUAUAUUUCUGGGAAGACUGGUGGAGAGGUGACGGUCCUCUGGCAAAGAGUUGCUCAAGGUUAUAUUCAAUCUCUAAGCUCAAACUUAGUUCAAUCUCCAACUUUCUAUCUUUAUGGCAUGAAAUUGAUUCAAAUACGCGUAUAUGGAAUCCUAAUCUCCUCCCCUCGGAUCUGGUACUAAUUUCACAAUUCAAGGAGAUUAUAGAAGGCAUCCAACUCAGACAGCAGAAUAACACACUACAUUGGCUUGGGUAUAAGGGCUCGUUCACGUCGAAAGGUCUCAUGCAAUGUAUGUUAAAUCCUGGUUGCAUUAUAUCACCUCAUUCGAGAAUUUGGUCACUAAUUUGGAGUAUAAAGGUUCCUCCGAAGAUUCGAAUCUUCUUGUGGAAAGUUCAAUGGGGAAUACUGCCUACUAAGCAACUUCUCUCCUCACGAAUGUCAGAAGUAAGCCCAUUCUGUGACAAUUGUGAAAACUCAGUUGAAUCUCAGAAUCAUCUCCUGUGGGACUGCAAGUUUGCCAAGUGGGUUUGGGAAUUUAUAGCCAACUGGUGGAGCCUAAAACUACAAUUACAAAGGUUAAACUUCUUCUCUCUUGAGACUAUUUUGGCAUUACAACGUCCUCCAGCGUCAAAAAUCUGGUACACAGUUGUUGCAGCAAGCUUAUGGACCAUCUGGCUUGCGCGUAACGAUUCUAUUUUUCAGCAGUCAGACAUGAAAAAAUCAGUGUUACUAAGCUUGCUCUUUACCAGAAUUAACAAAUGGGGAGAGGCCUCAAAACUGAUUCCAUUCACCUCAGACCCUUUAUGGAAUUCUAAUCCAACAGGUGCAGUGGCAAUUUACUUUAAUAAGAUGCAUGCAGAUUAUUGGAAUUACAAAUUCCUAUCUCAUGAUAUAGUUUGUGCAACUGAUGGGGCAUGGGGUGCAAGUAAGGAUGGCCAGCUUAGGGGAGCUAUAGGUGGUCGUAUAUUAAACAAAGAGAAGAGGGUGUUACAUGUUUUUUCGAUUCCAGUCAAUGCAGUGAAUGGUCUCCAAGCUGAAGUGGAGGCUCUACUCUAUAUUCUAGACCAAGUUGAUCGAUAUUUUAAUAAAUUUCCUAGUAUAGCCGUUUGCUCAGAUUCUACAGAAGCACUACAGCUCAUUAGGAGUGGAGAUGAUAAAAGUGCAGUGUUGAGAAGACCCUUCCCUGACUACUCAUCCAUUUUGGAUUCUCAUGUCAGUCUCUACUUUGUUCCUCGUGAACUUAACUCUGAGGCAGAUGAGUUGGCUAAGGAGGGUCUCUCCAGAGACUCUGAAGCCAUCUUUUGGAUGCAUCUCUCCUUUCUAAACUUUUUCUCUCUUUUGAUGGACUACCUGUGGGAUCCUCCCGAGGGUGAGGCUUUGAAAAUCAAUGUCCACUGCAUCACCACCACUGAUCCACUCCCCAACGGUAAUAGCAACAGUGUGGGAGUUAUGGUUCGCAACAAAGCAGGUCAAGAAAUCUGGAGUGCUGCCGGCCCAAUGCCAGGAAAAUCUAAGCUCCAAGCAACACUUUGGGGCAUCUAUCAUGGUGCAUUGCAGUGCUAUAAGCUGGAAGAAUGGAAAACGCACAUUGAAACUGACCAUUGGGGAGCCCUUGAAGCCAUCAGCUUCCAAGAGGAAGUGCCUCAACAGGAAGAUAUUCAGGAAGUCCUUCGCCUCUAUAACACGUUACACUCAAACAAUUUCAAGAUUGGGACUACUGAACGUGAAUUAACUCGUAUCCCAGUAACGAGAAAUGGUAAGGCUGCUUAUCUUGCCAGAUAUGGUUUGGUCCACAUGAACCAUUUUGCUGAAACUCCUGGCUCUUUUGGCGAAAAGCAGUUCAUGCUUGACAGAGACAUGGGUCUUCUGUUUGAUGAGCACCCUCCAGCCAACUAUGGUCUGGGUGAGGUCAUUGAUGGUGAGGAACCGCAGGCAGGCGGUCGCAUCCUGCUAUGUCAAGAUCAAAGGGAUGCCCCCCCCUUCCUUUGGAGGUUACUGUCUCUACCAGCUCGCUUGCUUAGGGCUAUAGCCAAGUGGUUGUUCUAG